CUCCCUCCUUCCUUUACGAAAGAAGCGAGAUAGAUUGUAAGUACUAUACCGCGAUUACCGCGUAUUCACGUAUUUACUGUCACUGUAAAUGAAAGAAAGUUUAAAAGUUUUACGUGCAUUAUUAAUUAAUUGCUUGAUAGUCGUUAAUAUGCCGCCUAAAUACAGUCAGCAUUACCGGUCUGAGUGGGAGCAAAUGCUGGAUUUCAAGGAUUGGUUACAGCCUGUCAAAGAUGAUACGACGAAGGCCUAUUUAGAAGAAACUUUAAAAGCAGUCAAGCCUUCUCUAAUCGAUAUUGCCCAAGAAUUCCGAGUGGAUGCAGCUACAAUGGAUAGGCUCAUGUCUCAAUGGAGAAACAUAGUGCACAUUAAAUGGGAAAGCACAUCUUCCACUGUAGAAUUCUGGAAUGAAGUAAUUGAUUACAAAGAUGCAGCUGGUAAUAACCCCUUUGCAGAUUUAUCUCAGUUAGCAAUAUCAUUACUAUCACUACCUCAUUCCAACGCAGAAAUUGAACGCGUUUUCAGCCAAAUGAAUAUAGUCAAAACUAAACUUCGCAACCGUUUGUCGAUAAAAACUUUAAAUGCCAUUCUAUACGUCAGAUUCGGCCUAAAGAGGGCAGGGAAAUGCUGCUAUUCUUACACAGUUCCGGAUAACGUACUGCGCUCUAUAGGUACCAAGGAGAGUUAUAGUCUUGAGAAUAAGGCUUCCACGUCUACAUGCACAUCAGCUGCCGAGCUUGCCGAUGAAGACGAAGAUAUUAACAUUUUAUUUAGUAACAUAGUCGAUUAAAACGUAGAAUAAAUCAAAAUUUUGUUGAUUAACAAACAUUUAAAAUUAAAUAACGUUGUAUUUGACAUUGAAAAAUGUUAGCUUAUUUUCUGGCAAUAUUAUAAAGCAAUUAGCAUAAUUUUGGCAAAAUUUUAACAUCAGUUUAGCAAGUUUUAGAUUCACCUUGUUGGCAACACUGACUAUGAGAAUGUUAAAAUUGCUACAAACCUACAUUAUCAUUAGAUGGCGGUACUGUGGAUAAAGCAGAGGAGUGGUUUUGAAAUGAAGAGGAAUCGACAAGUGAAUAAUAAACUUUUAAUGUCGUUUCUUUGUAUUUUCAGGUACGAUUAUAAACCUGAUUUCUAUUGUUUUAGUGGGUAAAAGUGAUAACUUAUGUUAAAAAAAAUAAAACUUUGUAUUUUCAGAGCAACACAUCGUUUAUUUUUCCGAAGAUUCCCUAUAUAAUUGUCUUAUAUAUGUAUUAUUAUUUCUUCAAAAUUUUAAGCUAUUACAAUGGGAAGCCGAGCACGAAUGUUAGUCAAACUUUGUGAGCAAGAAUAUUCAAAUUAUGACAGUAUUGAGGACCAAUCGCUUGCUUCAAAAACAGUUAUUUCUACUAGUGCAAAUCGAAAAUAAUUGAAAAUUUUUGUUUUUUAGAUUUUUGUGAUUAUGGUUUUGUAGCUUUAUUCGGAUUUAUUAUUGAAUUUCAAUUAUUGUCAAUUUAUUUUAGCCCGUUGACCGUUUGUUUUCCGUGAUCAUGUGGAUUGGACAAUAAAUCAAUAAAGGGCUGUGCUCUUCUCGGACGAGACGAGGGUGUGUCUUUUCUGCAACGACAGGCGUCGAAGAGUGUACAGGAGGCAAGGGGAAUGAUUCGCACAAGCCUGUAUUCAAGAGACAAUGGAAUAUGGGGGUGGCUAGCAAUUGGUAGCAACUAAUGGUAGCUAGUAGCAAUUAGGUAGCAACUCUCUAUAUGUAUUUCGAGAGGAUCGGAGACUUGUGACGGCGGUCCUGACGCUAACAUUUUUACUGAUAAAAUAAAUUUUUCCUUUUUAAUCAUUUGCAUUAGCUUGCUUUUUUUAUAUCCAUGUAAACAAAUAACCACAUCCAUUGAUUUAUUCUGAAAUUUAAAUAAAUUACCUUUCCAAUGAUACCUCAUAAUCAUAUGUCUACCAUUGAUUAAUAGGGUUAAAAUGACUUUGAAGGGAAUUUAUAAAGAGGUGCGAUUUUUGUGACGCCGAGUGUAUAUUGGUCAUCAGAUAGAUUUUAUAACAAUCAGGAAAUAAGCAUUGCCAUGCCAUUGAAAAGGUUUAAGAAAAUUUUGGAGAAUUUUCAUGUCAGAGAUAUAUCCCAAGAGCUUCCAAAAACUCACCCACAAUAUGAUAAACUAGAAAAAAUAAGACCUGUUGUAUCUAUUCUGCAACUGAAAGACAUGUACUGUCCUACUGCGAUAAGAACAUAUACUCAACAUAUGGGUGGAGUUGACAAAUUUGAUCACUUUCGCAGCUCAUACCCUAUUGGAAGAAAAUCAAGAAAAACAUGGUUACGUCUAUUUUGGUUUAUGUAUGAAAGUGCUAUCAUAAAUGCAUACAUUCUAUACUGCGAAACUAGACAGAGAGACAACAUCCAUUGUGAUUUUCGACUACGUCUGGCAAGAGCACUAAUAAAUGGGUAUGUAGAAUUUUCAACCUGAAAUAAUGUUUACAUUUACUUCCUAUUAUACAUUGCAACAUUUUACAUAUUGAAAUAUUUUACGAUUUCACAUAUUCACAAAGAAAACAUAAGCCAGGCAAUUUCAUAAAGAAAAAGGGUGGAAUUUUUGGAAUACCUGACGAGAUUCGGCUCUCAAGGCCUGGUCAGCAUCACGGUAAAAAGGGCUCAUAUAGAAGAUGCCGUUUUUGCAGUACGAGACAAAAAGAACUUAGAACAUACUUCGAAUGCAAGUCAAACCACUCCGAUUUGUGCCAUGUUGGGAGUUGUUCCAUACAAAAAAUAAUUAAAUACCUAUAUUUGUCAAUAAAAUAAUUUAUAUAUUUCUAUAAUAAUUUAUUAUUUAUUUA